GACCCGCCCGCCAGGCCCACCUUUGCCCUGUUAAUAUAAAAGCCUCUCACUUGGCUGGUUUCACUGACCUUCCUUCCCAUUUCUUUUACAGAGGAAGAGGAAGAGACAUAGGCGAUUGGGAUGAGGACGAGGAAAGGUCUGUGUUAUCCGAUGGUCGGGGCCAUUGGCGCGGGCUGCUCCGGUCUCAAGCGGAAGCGGGCAGCCGCGGAUUCGGCCCCUGCCAUCGCAGGGUCGAGGCGGAGGCUGCCGGUGGAUAACCCGGAUAUGUUCGACUCCCUGCCCGAUGACCUCGUACUGACUAUUCUAUCCAAGCUCUGCGCCACCGCCUCGUGCCCGUCCGACUUCACGAGCGUCUUGUUAACGUGCAAGAGAUUCAAUGGAUUGGGUCUCCACUCCCUCGUGCUGCAGAGGGCUUCUUCGAAAACUUUCGCCGUCCGAGCCCAGAAUUGGUCCGACUCGGCUCACCGGUUUCUCAAGCUCUGCGCCGAUGCCGGAAACAUCGAGGCGUGUUAUACUCUCGGCAUGAUUCGGUUCUAUUGCCAGCAAAAUAGAGGUAGCGGAGCCUCCCUUAUGGCGAAGGCGGCGAUGAACUCCCACGCACCGUCGCUCUACUCGCUGGCAGUGAUACAAUUCAAUGGCAGCGGCGGGUCCAAGAACGAUAAAGACCUCCGGGCUGGGGUGGCCCUUUGCGCCCGGGCAGCCUUCCUCGGCCAUAUUGAUGCCCUCCGCGAGCUUGGCCACUGCCUCCAGGACGGCUACGGCGUCCGCCAAAACGUGGCCGAGGGCCGUCGGUUCCUUGUCCAGGCCAACGCCAGGGAGCUCGCAGCGGUGCUCUCCACAUCCACCGCCGCAUCCCUUCUUUCAUGGACCCCACAUAGCGGCAACAACUCCGGAACAACACAAUCCGGGGCCGGGGCAAGGUCAACCUCGGCCCCGGCAGGUUGCCCAUUAUUGAGUGACUUUGGAUGCAACGUGCCGGCCCCGGAAGCCCACGCGGCCAACAAGUUCCUAUCGGAGUGGUUCGCGGCCCAAGGCGGGCCACAGGGGUCGGGGCUGAGGCUAUGCUCGCAUGCGGGGUGCGGCAGAUCGGAGACGAGGAAGCACGAGUUCAGGAGGUGCUCGGUCUGCGGGACGGUGAACUACUGCUCCCGCGCAUGCCAGGCGCUCGACUGGAAGCUCCGGCACAAGGCGGACUGCGCUCCGCUAGAACGGUGGGUUGAUGAGGAUGGGGACGGCGUGGAAAAUGACGGAGUUGGUGAGGCUAACGGUGAUGUCAUGGCGGAGAGUUAACGGCCGUUUCCGUCCGGCAUAAUUUUUUUCCUUUUUUUUUUUUGUUUUGUUUUGGACGAACGGUGAAAAUGAGGGAAAAAGGGGACAUUUUGGUGCGUAAAAUUUGACAAAAACUUUAUUAAAGUCGCCCUUUUUUCUCUCAAUUCCAGUGUUUGUACAGAAUGUUGGGAAAACCAAAAAACUGUGCGUUUUACCCUUUUCUGUUCUUUUUGUAUGUAUAGCACUGAUAAGUGCCAAUCUCAAAAUUCAGACAAUCCAAAAUUUAUUAAUCCUUCUCAAAUUUAUUGUUCUCGAUUUCUUAUUACUCACUUCUUAUUGAUAUGCUUGUUUCUUCUCUUUUUUAGAGGAUCCUUUCUUAUAUUUUUGGCGAAAUAAUGUUUUCUGCAUAUUUUGUUA